AUGUAGACUACUGCUCAUCCAUCGGUCAAAUGGGGUCAAAAGAAGGAUCAUAUUUUAUUAACAAUUGCUGUACAAGAUAUUGAUAAACCUGAAAUUAAUAUUGAAUCAACAAAACUUCAUUUUAAAGGACAACAAACAAAAGGAUUGAACUAUGAUGCAACAUUAGAAUUUUUCGAUGAAAUAGAUCCUAAGGGAUCAAAAUAUCGUAAAACAAGUCAGAAUCAUUGGGAAUUUAUGCUUAAAAAGAAAGAUCCCAAAAAACCAUUUUGGAAACGAUUAACUAAAUCAGCUGAAAAAUUUCAAUGGAUUACCGUCGACUGGAAUCACUUUACAGCUGAAGGUGAUGAUGAUGAUGAUGAAUUAAAUGGUGCUGAUGGUAAAGAUUGGGGUGAUUUAGAUGGUAUGUUUAAGCAAAUGGGUGGCAAUUUAGUCGGUGGUCCAUCAGCAACUGAUUUAAAUGAUCUUGAAGAUGACGAAAUGGAUAGUGACGAUGAACCAAUGCCAGAUCUUGAAGAUGCACCAAAAACUGAUGAUGAAAAAGCUAAAUUAAAUCAGGAAAAUAAAUAA